AUGCCUGAUCCACUCUGGGACCCUGACCUUAUUCUUCAAGUCACCAAAGGCGGGCGCCAGGGCAUGUUCUGCCUUGGCCAAGCCCGUAGCCGCUACAACAGUCGCUGUCGAUGGGAUGUUGAGAAAUCCGAAUACUCCCGCAUACGCUCAAUGCUGAAGGGCAUGUCGAAGAGAUUACCACACACGAUAAACUAUGAUGAGUUGAGCACUAUGGCUAGCUUAGGCCUUUGUGACUAUCAUGCUGGCCAAGAAGCGGAGAUUGUCGAUGGAUGGUUGAGGAUUCUUGCCAACAUAGAGCACCUCAACAGCCAAUACCAAUGCUCAUCACAGACAAAUGAAGAGGCACUGGAAGCUAUGGCUAUGGAUAUACAAAAAUGUCGGGAAUUGAUUCAUUGCGAUCCUGAUUCUGAAGAAAUCUUCUCCGUCGCCUUAGCUCGGUAUGUUCGCCGGCAGAGACGCAUGAAGAAGGACUUGGAGGAAUGUCGAACGACACUCGCAUCGCUGCAGAAAACAGCUGUUGAUACAGACUGCCUCGAGAAGGAGAACUCUGAGCUUUCUACAGAAGUCUCAUAUCUCUCACAGCGUCUGGCUACCGCUGAACAAGUCAUUGAAGGAAAGGAUUCGGAACAACAAGCGAAAAUCCACGAGUUACGGAAAGAAAGAGACGCAUUGCGAGCUGAGAACAUGGAUAGGAGUGUGGAAAUCGAAUGCCUCCACGGGCAGAAGGAUCUUUUGGACCAACGUCUCAGAGACAGAACAAAUGAAUUGGACAGCGCUUGUCUAGUGAGUCGAGGGUUAACAAAAGAGAGGGAUGACCUAAAGUCGGAGCUAGAAACCACAAAAGACGAAAUCACGGAACUAAAAGAAAGCAAAUCAGCUCUAUUAACGGAAUCCAAUGUCAUAUCUACUACUCUUGCACGAACCCGGCCACAGCUAACUGCUAGCCAUCAGGCUAACGAGCAUUUGAGCAAGGAGCUAGAGACAGCGAAAGUGCAACUUGCUAAGUUGCAUGAUAUUUUGCGUGCGAUAGAUAUAGCAAAGAAGGCAUCAUUUUUUUAUAAAUUGAGAGCUUGGGCUCAGCAGUUCUGGCACAGGGUUACUGGCUGGUCACGAUCGAGACGAGUCCCAAUCUCGGAUGAGGAAGAAGGAUUGACCCUUGCUUCAGUUGAGGGAAGCCAUGCUCAUGGCGGUUAG